UUUUGAGUCACAUUCGGUCUUGUGCUGAAUCACCUGCUUCGUGGUAAUAAGCUGAUAGCUCGUAUGUUCUGUUAGUUUCUAGCUCUAUAACAUCAACAGAGCCGGUUGUUAAAUGGUUUUAUAAGAAAAAUGAUACCUUCUGAUCCAGACAGUCGAUCCAAACCGAGAACCAUCGAACAGGUUGAUCCCUCUCGCAUCAAAACUUCCGCUUCACCUUCUCGGAAACCAAACUCCACUAAACACCUGUCCUGUGACAACAACAGAUUGUCCCUGGAUCUGGAUGUUUGUCUCUGUGUGUCCCUGAUGGACUGGGACCUGCUCAUGGUGUCCCAUGCCUCUUGUCCGAUGACUGCUGGAGACAGGCACCAGCUCCCCGUGACCAGACUGAGGAAUGAGCAUUUCAGAAAAAUGAACCUUGAAUGGAAGAUCAUUUAUGUAGGAUCAGCAGAAAGUGAGGAGUAUGACCAAAUCCUGGACUCUGUCUUGGUUGGUCCUGUUCCUGCUGGAAGACAUAUGUUUGUGUUUCAGGCUGAUGCUCCAAACACCGGAUUAAUUCCUGAAAGUGAUGCUGUUGGUGUCACGGUGGCGCUGAUUACUUGCACUUACCGUGGUCAGGAGUUUAUUCGCAUAGGUUACUAUGUGAACAAUGAGUACACUGGCCCAGAACUACGUGAAAAUCCUCCAGUCAAGCCAGACUACUCACAGCUUCAAAGAAAUAUUCUGGCAUCAAACCCACGUGUUACCAGAUUCCACAUAAACUGGGAAGGCUGUGCAGAAAGAAUGGAAGACUCAGAAAAUGUGGAUCCCACGUCAAAUUCCAUGCUCCCUCCAUCCUGUCUGCCAGGCAAGGCUCCACCUUUGGGGCUACUACCGGACAACUCUAUGGAUUGCUUAUAGAAAAGCCCCCACCCUAAGAGUGAUAGCACAAGUCCUUUUAAAGAAAGACCCCAUGGACAUUCAGAUGUGGAUAAAAUAAUGUGCAGACCUCCCUGCCUUAUUGCAUCCUUGUUUUGUUAAUUUGUUUCGUGAGACAUGGAUGCUCACUUUUUGCUUUAGUGACCAUUUUUUUUACCAGGAUCUAAACAUCAUUCAGUAAUUAUUUAAAGAUGUGAACAGCACCUGAAAAGCAAUAUGAGUGUGAACAAUAAAUUGUAGCUAUAAAAUGUUAAAAAGUUAAAACAUAACACAAUAUUUAUUUUGUUGUUGCAGCACAGAUUUGUAUUUUUUUUAUAUUUUCAAUUUUUUUUUUUUUGCUCGGAAGCAAUAGGAAAACAGACUGCAAUAUGUUGCUGUGAAGGAAUUUGAUUUAAAAAUCUGCUAUUCAAUUUGUGUUCAAAUUGUUCAAAAUGAUUUAUUGUUUGGCAUACUAACUUUUGAUUAGGAUUUGUUAGAAAGAUUUCACCUUUCCCAUAUUUUUUUCACAUUCUCAGUUUUGUGUUAAAAAUAAAAGAAUAUUGUAUUUGUUAA